AUGGCAGAUCAUCAGGAGCAUGAGGAAGUAAAGGGUGAAUCAUUUUUGGAGAAGAUUUCGGGGAAGAAUCAUGACCAUGAUUCGUCUUCGUCGUCUUCGGAUUCGGAUAACGAGAAGGAGAAGAAGAGUUCGUCGCCGAAUUCACUGAAGAAUAAGGUGUAUAGGCUUUUUGGCAGGGAGAAGCCGCUUCACAAUGUUCUUGGUGGUGGAAAACCUGCUGAUGUUUUUCUAUGGAGAAAUAAGAAGAUAUCAGCAACAACUCUUGGUGUUGCGACGGCUUUCUGGGUUCUGUUUGAGUUACUUGAAUAUCAUCUCCUGACUUUGGUUUCCCACUUAGCGAUACUUGCUCUGGCUGUGUUGUUCUUAUGGUCAAAUGCAUCCACUUUCAUCAACAAGACUCCACCAAAGAUCCCACAUGUGCACAUUCCUGAGGAACCUGUUUUACAGAUUGCCUCUGCUAUUAGAAUUGAGAUCAACCGGGCUUUUACUCUAUUAAGGGAUAUUGCUUCUGGAAGGGAUCUCAAAAAGUUUCUCUCGGUCAUUGCUGGGUUAUGGGUCUUGUCUAUUGUUGGGAGUUGGGCCAACUUCUUGACAUUGUUCUAUAUAGCUUUUGUUUUGCUCCACACUGUACCUGUGCUUUAUGAGAAGUACGAAGAUCAUGUUGACUCUUUUGGUGAGAAGGCACAUGCUGAGUUGAAGAAACAGUAUGCAGUGUUUGAUGAGAAGGUUUUGAGCAAGAUUCCCAAAGGACCUUUGAAAGACAAAAAGAAAGAUUGA